AUGGCGAGAGAACUCUAUACGCCUGACACUAUUGUUAACCUAACCAGUGAGUCCGAUGCCUUACUGUACACUUAUAGUUACACGGAGACCGUGGUUCUGACCGUGAUCAAUCCCUUAAUUCUCAUCGUCGGUCUCUUUGGUAACUUUGCCUUCCACUUCAUGAUCGUUCGGGUCCGUCGCAUGUGGACGGAUAUUAACAUCUACCUGGCCAGUCUCUCCGUCACUGCUGUGGUGCUGCUAGUCGUGCGGGUAUCUUCCAGCCUCGCCCGGUACAAGGCCAGUCCUGUGCCCGGCGACUCCAUCUCAUUCGGCCCCGCUGGAUGUACUGCCGUCUUCCUUUUGAUUGACAUAUGUGACUGGGCUUCCUUCGCCUUUGCCGCCACUGUCAUGAACGUCCUGUACCUCGCCACUUGUCGGCCUCACCUGUUUCGGCGUCUCCGGGGCAAGAAACGCGCCGGUAUAACCACAGCGUGUGUUUGGAUCGUAUCCAUCGGAAUCGGUCUGUGUUUCUUACCAGCAUGGUGGGAUUUCGUCUGGUACGGCCUGAUGUGGCCGGAUCAGGAGCGGUACCAGGACUACCCGGAGCUUAUCGGGGUCUGUUCAACCUCCGUAGAUUGGCUCAUCAUAACUCACGACCUUAUACAGUCUACCAUGUUCUUCAUUUCUGCAGUCGCCAGCUUCGUCAUCUUCUUGGUCAUCCUCAUAACCCUCCGUAAGCAGUUCCAGUCUGUCGGACCUUCGCCAGGUGCCGAUGCCGGUUACCGACAGAGGGCAACGACACAGACUACCAAGCGCCGUAAGGAUCGCAGCCGCGUGGCACGAAUGAUUGCUAUGACUACCCUAGCCUUCUUCGUUCUGCCAAUGCCGUACGAGUGCACGGUAUUCGCCCGAUCCAUCGUCAAGCUCACCGGCAACAGUGUCCUCAAUGAUGAACAAUACAAAGAUUUACUGUUUGCCUCGACUACGCUGAUGAACGUUACACCGGCCAUCUGCCCAUACAUCUAUGUGCUGUCCAACCCCGGCUACCGCAGUGCAUUGGUGGAGGCUUUUACGAAGAAGUGUGGAAGUAGAAACAGUCGUUUCGUCGUGCGAGGCGGCGAGAUGUCAACUCUUGCUAAGUGA